AUGAGUCUACCAACUGGAAUGAGUCCUGCUACUGGCAGUCACUAUAAUCAUGUAGCUGCACAAAUGCAACAAUAUUUAAACAGCAGUAAUUCUAGUGGAUAUUCUGGACAUCAACUUCAAUCUGCUCAGGGUCGUGUUCAUCAACACCAUCCAACUCAUGGAAUAGCUUAUGCAUCACAUAUGCCAAGCCAUGCAGCUCAGUAUUUAGGUGUAGAUCCUGUGAUUAGUCAAGAUGUCGGUGGAUUUGCUCGAUUAUUUAUGAGAAAUUUACUCCGUUAA